AUGAAUCGGUUUCUUUUCAUAUCGUCUGUUUUAUAUGUCUUAUGUAUAUUAAGGACAACAGCUGUUAAAUAUGAAGCAAACUGGGCAUCGCUAGACUCCCGACCCUUACCCAGCUGGUACGAUGAGGUGAAAAUCGGCAUUUUCAUCCACUGGGGCGUGUUUUCGGUGCCUAGUUUCGGCAGAGGAUCGGAAUGGUUCUGGUGGUCCUGGAAAGGCGCGAACUCUUCGGCGUACCAAGAGUUCGUUGAAAAAAAUUUUCCGCCUGGUUUCACUUACGCCGACUUUGCGCCUAUGUACAAGGCAGAGUUUUACGAUCCAGAUCAGUGGGCGGACAUCUUCGAGGCGUCCGGGGCCAAGUACGUUGUGCUAACCGCCAAGCACCACGAAGGCUUCACUAAUUGGCCUUCCAAGAACUCGUGGAACUGGAACUCUGGAGACACGGGACCCCAUCGAGAUCUCGUCGCUGACCUCGCUGCCGCAAUCCGUAAGAAGCCAGACAUCCAUUUUGGGCUGUAUCACUCUAUGUUUGAAUGGUUCAACCCUGUGUACUUACAAGACAAAGCCAACAACUUCCAGACUAAUGAAUUUGUUGAGACCAAGACUAUGCCGGAGCUAUACGAUAUCGUCUACAGAUACAAACCAGAAGUGAUAUAUUCGGAUGGCGACUGGGAGGCACCGGAUACUUAUUGGAACUCAACCGGGUUUUUAGCCUGGCUCUAUAACGAUAGCCCAGUAAAGGACACGGUGGUUGUAAAUGACCGAUGGGGGAACGGCACAUCAUGUCGUCAUGGAGGUUACUUCGACUGUACAGAUAGAUAUUCUCCAGGUGUGCUUCAGUCCCAUAAGUGGGAAAACGCAAUGACGAUUGACAAGACGUCGUGGGGUUUCAGGAGAGACAAUUUCCUCUCUGACUACUUCAGCAUGGACGACUUAACUCAGCUUUUGGCCGAGACCGUCAGUUGUGGCGGUAACUUGCUGAUGAACGUCGGCCCCACGCAUGACGGUCGUAUUGUUCCCGUCUUUGAGGAGCGACUCCGGGACAUGGGAGCCUGGUUAAAGGUCAACGGCGAGGCGAUCUAUGGCACAAAACCCUGGAGACAUCAGAACGACUCUGUGACUCCGGGAGUCUGGUACACAUCCAAGAAUGACGUCACACAAACCUUUGUCUACGCCAUCUUCCUGGAUUGGCCAGAGAAGGAUUCUCUUUUCUUACAAGAUGUCGCUCCAAACACUCAAACCAGAGUCACCUUGCUGGGAUAUGACGGAGAGUUUGAUUGGCAGCCAGGAACUUCAGGGGGGAUAACUGUUGAGAUCCCGCCUAUUCCAGCUAAUAGGAUGCCGUGUAAAUGGGCAUGGACAUUAAAGUUCCAGAAUCUUUAA